GGGAUAAUUAAAGCCAAUAUAAAGAACUGAAUAAAAUUCUAAAGGUCAGACUUUAGACAGCCCUAAUUUUGUCAUAAAUAAUGGAAUAUCCUUUUGGACACCACAACCACCACCACCACCGUCGCGACGACGACGGUGGAGAAGAAUUUCCACCUCCCGGACGACGACCACCACCAUCAGCCUACGACGAACCACCACCACCUCAAGUUACCAAUGUCUAUCACACUUCCCAUGUAGGUGGACCACCACCGAUGGAGCCCAAUUAUAGCCGUCCUCAUUAUCCCCCACCGCCACCUAUGGAGGACGAUUAUGGACGGACUAAUUAUCCUCCACCGUCAAUGGAGGAUAGUUAUGGUCGGACUAAUUAUCCGCCUCCGCGAAUGGAGGAGAACUAUGGUGGAUCUUAUAAUCGUACACCGCCUUAUUAUGAGGGCCCACCACCACCGCAACCACCUAGUUAUUCCUCCGUUGAACACGUGUCUCACGAGAGUGAGAGUGAGAGCGGUCAUCGUCAUCAUGAUCAUCAUCGUUUUCAACCACAUGUGCCUUCAUUCUUCCACCAUGAGACCUCACCACAUCCAGAGCUCAUCGAUAAGCCUUCAUUUAGGGUUUAUACAAAGGCUGAUCCCAAUUACUCUCUCACUAUCCGUGACGGCAAAGUCGUUCUUGCCUCUUCUGAUCCAUCCGAUCCUUUUCAACACUGGUAUAAAGAUGAGAAGUACAGCACUAAAGUGAAGGAUGAAGAGGGGUUUCCAAGCUUUGCUCUGGUUAAUAAAGCUGCAGGACUGGCCAUGAAGCACUCUGUUGGCGCCUCUCACCCUGUGCAGCUCACCCCUUACGACCCUGAUGUUCUUGAUGCAUCAGUCUUGUGGACAGAGAGCAGAGACGUGAGUGAUGGUUAUCGAGCAGUUAGGAUGGUUAAUAACAUUCGCCUCAAUCUAGAUGCAUGGAAUGCUGAUAAAGAACAUGGAGGUGUCCGUGACGGGACCAUUGUUGCUCUCUGGGAAUGGUGGAAAGGAGACAACCGGAACCAACAUUGGAAGAUCGUUCCCUACUGAUAUGUUGGCUCGUGAAUGAUGACUGGACGAGUUUAAAUAAUGGAGUUGAUGCUUGGUGUUUUCUUUUAUUGUGUGUGGCUUAUUACGCAUUUUGUAUUGUAUUCAAUGUCCCUCCAAGAAUGUAAAAGAAAUUGAGAACAAGGGAAAUACUAUGUAUUGUGUGGGAGGUGUCAUGGCUAUGGUAUGUAUGUGUUUUAACUUCUAUUUUGUGCUUGGUAGUUUGUGCCUGUUUCUCUA